UAUGAUGGCACAAACCACUGUGACACCAGUGGUGCAAGUGUAUUUUUUAAUCAAGCAAAUUCUGAGAGCUAACCUAUCAUAUAGUUAAAACAUAGGGGAUCUGGACAAAUUUGGACAGGAUGCUAAUCUUUGCCCAUUUGACAUUGCUGCUUCUUUUGGGAAACCAAGAUUCAGUAACCUGUAUCGACCUGGAGAAACAGCAUGAAGUCAUCUAUGCAGUAGUUGGAGAACCUCUAGUAUUGAACUGCACCUACAACUGCUCAUCUGGAUUUGUCCGUGGCCACUGGAUCAAAGUCUCAGACUGUCCUCAUUGUCCUAGGCCAAGAGAAACAACAAAUGUCACAAAGAAUGGUGACCUCUGCACACUACCAUUGUAUUUUCCACAUCUGUCCACAGAAGAUUUUCGGUACAACUAUACCUGCUUUUCUGAAGAUCACGAAAGCAAAGAUUUCUCACGCAAGAUAGAGGUUUUGGUAUCACUGCAGGCACAAGGUCUACAUAGUGCCCCGGCCACAACGGUCACUACUGAUGUGUCGGUGACAGCGUUGAGUAACCACGAAGACUCAAUAAUAGACAAUGAGGAAUUCACAGUUGUCAAAGUGUUGGCAGCAGUGACAGUUAUUGUGGCUGCUGUGUUGGCAGCUGUGGCUGUCUACUUAUGUAUGAGCUGCAAUCGAUAUUGCAAAGGAAAACCUGCUGUUAUCUGUACAGGCACAACAUCAAGAGAAGGAUCUAGUGUUGGAAGGUCGACAACAGGUGCAUGCUUAACUAAUUGUGAGAGGGUGGCACUGAGAAUAACUCCAGCUGAUUGCCAGAGUGAUCAUGAGGUUCCUUAUGCUGACAUAAUGAUUACUAUGCGAGGGGCCAGCACACCUGAACUCACACAGAUCUCCUACCUAGCACCGGGGGACCAUAGAGAGAGGUGGAGAGAAGAGGCAGGCCCUGAAGCUAGGUCCACCCUGCAGGCCUCCCGCUCAGCUGAUAGACUGCAUGUCCAGCCCCGAGAGGUCUCCAGGAAGAUGAGCACAAACUCUGAGUACGCUGUCAUCACCUACUCUUAACCAGUGGGGCUGGAGAUGGGGAAUAAGAAAAGGGAAAAGAAAAGGGAAUAAGAGAGAGCAAGUGAGAAAUGACCGUCACUGUACUCAUAUUAUUAAUCCUUGGCUGUUUUGUUUGCGUGUUUUUAAUUGUAGCAAGUUGUUUCUGUAACUUUAGAAAACAAUUAACUGUGAGUAUCAUCCAAUAAAGCCUUGCUUUUGUGUCAUGA